AUGGAGCUGACUUCCUCCGGAGCUACAGGCAAGGCUGCUUGGAUUUCAUCUGGCUUGAAAUUGGAACAAGCUCAAUUAGAGCUAAGAAGCCAUGUUCGCAAACUUGGAACUCAUCCAUCCACAGCUCAACAGCUUGAUUUGGUUAAUAAAUGUCGGUCAAUGCGAACACGAGUCGAGGCUUUCAGCCGUACUGCAUUGACAUUCUUGGGGGAAGAGGCUUUGGAGAGUAUUCAAGAAGUUAAUACCCCAGUUCUUAACAACAAAGUCAGCAAUGAUGAGAUAGCCAACAUUGGGAAUGUCAACAUUAUCCGGGCGGAUCCGGAACGGCAACCUCUCCCGUUCCUGUCAGCACUGCUUGAUGAUUAUUUCCAAGAUCUUGAAGAAGGCAUGGCUCACCAACUUAAAGGGCUGCAAAAACUCAAGUUACACAUUCGCCAGGGCCAUGCUGAAGAUUGUCUUGAGGCAGUUAGAUCAGCCCUCAUUCAGCUCUCGUGGCAAUAUAAAUAUCAAGUCCGCAUGGCAGAUUUGGUAUACACAGGCACCCGCGCAUGGGACGGAGUCAAACUGUUGAAUGCAUCUUGGAAAUUGCACAAAAAGAUUUACAACGCAAACUGGAUAGCAAUGAUUCGCAUUGCUGGCCACUCCGAAGAGGAUAUUAUGCAGAUACGGAGGGAGUUUCCUACCACCAUGAGCCUUCCUUGUAUCUUCAAUCCCCCUACUAAAGAUGAACACUAUCUUCUCAGCUACGAUGAAAGACGUGCUUUAGCAAAGCUGCAUGUUCAUUUGUGUGGUGCUUGGAUCCAAACUGGAUACCGAUUGUUACUUAGUUCAGCAUCAAGUGUGCCGCUGGACACUUUGGCAAGAUGGCUCUCAUUGUUGGAAAGAGAGGCAUGCUGGUCAGCAGAGGAAGAUAACAAUAUUUUAAAAUCAACAAAACCAUGGGGCUACUGGUGGGAACCUGGACAUAAAGCCAAUGAAGAUUGGAAAGUCUCUGAUAUCACAAUUGAGUCUCAGGUCAGAGAGUUUUGGAAUAAGAUUGUCCUCCCGCGAUAUGCAGAAGAGCUCAAGUUGAGCAAGAAAGGUGGUCCAUCUGAGUCUGCGGCACAAACCCAUUCCGCUGCUCCGGCGGCAGCCCAGCACUCUGAAAGGCCCACGCCGGGAGCCAAUUACCCCAAUCAACCUUCGGCGGAUGCCCUUCACCCUAUUUAG